AUUAAGCAGCUUUUUUCUCUGUGAAUAUUUUAAAACUGGAUUUCCCUGAACAUGACCUUUUGAGAGCUAUAUGUAUAUGUGUGAUUUGUGAUAAGGGCCACAGUUAUCUAAGAGCACAAACUCUGCAUCUAGAUAAUGGAAGACAACUGGCAGGAUCAAACCAGAUGUGCAAGCUUGAAAAAUAAAUUUAUAGAUAUGCAUAACAGUCAAUCCUCUGAUUCUGAAAGAUGCGACAGUGUAGAACUUGAUGAUAAAAUAAGGAUUCUGAUCAGGAAAAAUGAUACUCCAGAGUUUUGUAAGAAACCAGAGGACACUUCAUGUGCCUUAAAUUUUGAAAUGGAAGAACAAGUUAAAGAGCACAUGAUAAAAUGGACUAAGAAUUUUGAGAACUUAACAGAUACACUAUUGCAACAAAAAAUUAUAUCAUUAGAAAAACAGAAGAAGGAGCUUUUGUCAGUGAACAAUCAAUGGGAUCAACAUUUCAGGAAAAUGAAACAGCAUUAUGAAAAAAAAGACAAGAACACACUGAAGAAAGAAAACAGGCUUUUGAAACAGGAAACUACCCUUACAAGGACAAAGAAUAUGUUUUAUGAAUGUGAAAUAAACCGACUCAACAAGUCUCUUUUGGAUAUCUUGAAACAUCAAAAUGCAUCCUCCCAGAGUUCUCAUGUUGAGGCAUUGGAUAGGAAUUGCAACCAAGAAGGGAUGGAAAUGCAAAUUGAACUUCUCCCGGAACAGGUUCGGAUUUAUGAAGAAGACUUCAGAAAGGAAAGAUCUGAUAGAGAGAGAAUUAGUGAAGAGAAAGAACUUCUGCAAAAACUUAAUGAGCAAUCGCAGUCCCAGCUGGACAUAUUAAAAUCUCAGAUUAAACACUAUCAGACAGAAAAUGAACUUUUUCAGAAGCAAGUAAAACAACAGGCCCAAGGUUUCCAAGCACUUACAGAAAAACAUGUCUGCUUGAAGCAGUUGUUUGUUCCUUCUUGUCUUAAUUGUGGGAAUUGUGACCUACUUCAGCCAUCCUGUGAACCUCGAAUAACAUUGGGGUCAUGUGGUGCUAACAGAAAACAGCAGCAGCCCCUGUAA